AGCCACCACCGAAACCCAUCCGCCCCGGCGUUCGUGGAAGGCUCCCCGCGCCCCGGCGUCAGCCCUGGCAACUAAGCCCCCGCCCCCGUCCCCCGACGAUCAGCGCUCUUGGUCCGGGGGUUUCUUUAAAAGCAGCGGCCCCAUUCUUACUCUGGACACUUUUGAACCCAAACGACCAACGAUCAUGACUGUCACCAUCAACCACAUUCUCUUUGACUGCGACAAUACGCUCGUCCUGUCAGAGCAUCUUGCCUUUGAAGCCUGUUGCGGACUCAUCAACGAAAUCCUUGCCCAACAUAAUGUCUCCGUCCAGUUUACACCACAGGAGCUCAUUUCCGAGUUUGUUGGAAUGAACUUUCGCGGAAUGGUCGUUGCACUGCAGAAAAAGUAUGGAUUUCCCAUACCCGAAGACGAACUCACACGACUGGUGCGGGAAGAAGAGGACAGAGUGAUUGCAAAGUUGUCUGCGAUGGUGGAGCCAUGUGUCGGCGUUAACGAGGUUCUGGAUAAGCUCUACAAGGAGAAGCAAUAUGGACUGGCUGUAGUGUCUUCCUCUGCUGAGCGGCGGGUCCGCGCAUCCCUGGUCAAGGCGGGUCAAGACGCAUAUUUCCCUGAAAACCACAUCUUUAGUGCCGCUACGUCUCUUCCUACUCCCACAUCCAAACCGGAUCCAGCAGUGUAUACCUUUGCCUGCAAAGUCAUUGGCAAGCAGCCUGAGCAAUGCGUGGCCGUGGAAGACAGCAAAUCGGGAACACUGAGUGCUGUGCGAGCGGGCAUCCCGGUCGUUGGCUAUGUGGGAAGUUAUGAGCCUGAGCGUCAGGAGGAGAUGACAAAGGUCCUGCAGGAGGCUGGAGCCAAGAUUGUCAUGAGAGAUUGGAAAGAGUUUGAGGGUAUCCUUGAUAGAAUGUAAUUUAAUAUAUAUGAUACAUUUAUACGAGA